CAGCCCGAGACUGUACCACAAGCCUGUAUUGAUAUGACCAAAGUUUUAGAGGUUACUACCGCCGAAGACGUAACCGGUCAUACAAAUUCGAUUGCCAUAACGGCUCCCGAUCGUGUUACAUUCGUCAAAGGUACCUGUCCGGAAGAAUCAAAAUGGUGGCUUAACACAUUAGCAGCCUUUCCCAAAUCGAAGGGGCGACAUAAACGUAAUGCCACAUUUCCGGGUGCCCAAGCUACCACAAUAUUACAAUCAACUAAUUCCGAUGCAGCUGCCAUUAAUGCAACAACACGUAAUCGUCAUAAUUCCUAUCAUAAGGAUAUUUUAACGUCCACCCAAUCAACUGGUGUUUUAGCAUCAACUACCGUUUCAGCGUCAUCGACAACAACAUCAUCAUCAGCUGCGACAGCAAACACAGCGGCAAUGGCGUCAAAACAGGAGAAAAAAUCAUCGUCAGGCAUCAAGAGCAACGGUAGUUCAAAAUUAUGGUCACAUAAUGAUGUUGUCGUUACAACAAAAACUACAAUGACGACUAGUAAAAAUGCUGCAGGCAUUAAAAAUAAUCAUAAUGUUAAUGUUGGUCUACGAAAUGUUGCUGCUGUCAAUAAUAACGUUGUCGAUGAUGAUGAUGAUGACGAAAACGAGGAAGAUGUUGAUGAUGAUGACGAAGAAGACGAAGAAGACGAUGGUGUUGAAACGGGUGAGGAUGAUGAGGAAGAUGAGUGUGAUGAAGAGGAAGAAAGUGGUAACUCAACGGGUGAGGAAUGUAAUACCAAAAAGAAAAGUUCAAUGGCUGGAACAAGUGUUCAUGAUGAAAAUAAUCGUAAUGCUGUUAAUGAAAUUAAAAAUAGAGUUUCACCACCCUGUCUGCUAAUCGAAGAUAUACGGCGAGAUGAAAAGACCAUUAAGGAUCUAACCAAUACCAUUACCAAUCUAAGUCAACAACAAAAGAAUCGUUGGACAACAACGGCUGUUAACAAUGUUCUUAAUACACAUUUGCAUCAACACAACAGCAACAACAACAGCAAUAACAAAACGCAACAGCAAGAUGUUAACAAUUCUCGAGAUGAAACCGAUUUUUAUAGGCCAAACAGCAACAAACAUACAACAUCGUCGUCAUCAACAUCAUCAUCAAUGGCAGCAUUAGAAACACAAAGUCAUUUAAGACCAAAAUCUUUGCCAUUGGCCUCAAAUUCAACACCCGCCAUAGUAUCCGCCAUUGUUAAGAAAAUUCCACCAGUUAUGGUGUCAUCUUCCAGCCAGGCGAAUGCAACAACAAACAACAACAGCAGCAGCAACAACAACAGAAGCAAAUCUAGUCCACGCUAUCAAAUGCAACAACUACAAAGCAAUCAAAAUUUAAACCGACGCCAACAAAAACAAGCUCUCGAACGUGGUGAUCCCGAUGGUGGUUGUAAUUUAGAUGAUCUCUCUUCUAACUAUUUGGCCAAAACAGUAGAAUUGCGUGUGAAUCCACCACCACCAACACCGACAGCAAAUAUUACAACACCACCCACCACAACCACCACCACUCUAUCGGCCUCAGUUGUUGAAUCACUCAAUGCCAAAAAAGGUUGGCUAAUGAAGCAAGAUAAUCGUACGGGUGAUUGGACAAAGCAUUGGUUUACUUUAAGUGGUGCUGCUCUGUUCUAUUAUCGUGAUCCUGUUUCAGAGGAACGUGGUGUCUUGGAUGGUGUAUUGGAUGUUAAUAGUCUUACAAAUGUGGCUGAAGUAAAUGCGAAUAGAAAUUAUGCUUUUCAACUAACAACAUGGGAUAAACGGCGCCUAAUAUUGGCUAGUCUAUCGCCCAAUUCACGUAAUAGUUGGAUAGCAAUUCUACGAAAUGCUGCAGGUCUGCAACAAAAUUCUACUGUAGUCUUACAAAGCAGCAGCAACAGCAACAAUAGCAAUAAUAAUAAUAAUAAUAGUAAUGGUAGCCAAAGCAAUUGUAGCAUGAUGAAGCAUUCUUCUUCUACCUUGGGUACGAAUGAAAUUCAUAAUAAUGGCAGUAAUAAAUCUAUGCCUACAACAGAGCUUAUAAUCAAAGAUAAUACAAGUGAUGAUAUGAAAAGUGAAAUUGAAAAGGAUUUCAUAAAGGCACAAAGGAUUAACAAUAAUAACAACAACAAUAGUAACAAGAGUGUGAAAAAAUUAACAACUGAAACUAGUCCCCAGGUGAUAAUCACCAAUAUCAGUAGUUCAACUUCACCCAAAUCAUCUUUAAUAAGUCCCCAGACUCCCAUAACACCAAAGACUGCCAUGCAUUUCUCUUCAGAUGAAGAAUAUCGUACGGCCUCUGAAGGUGGCCGACGCGAUAGUAUAGGUGAUUGGGGUUCUCCUUUAUCACCCUCUCCACCUGCACCCCUUAAUAUAAUGAGAGCCAAAGAUAGAAUGCGUACACGUACCACUACUCCCUGCCCUAGAAUGCACAAACGAUCGAGAUCAUCUCCUCCCUCUUCGAGACGUAGCACGGUGGAUAGUGUGGGUUCCGAUGAACUACCUGUUAUACAUACCGUACAUGAGGAAAUCAAUCUGAAUGUGGAUAAAGAACUGCAAUUCCGUUUGAGUGUAGUGGAAAAGGAACGCGAUAUGUUAAGAGAUGAAGCCAAAGAACGGGAAACCCGCAUGUCUGAACUGCUCAACACUUUGGAGCGUACAGAGCAAGAGUUGAACAAUCGCAUCCAUGAAAUGGAAGAAGUCAGAGAGAGUCUUAGUACUCAAUUAGAUGAUGCCAAGAGAAAUGCCUCUGAAAUCAUCGAGAGACUAACAGAUGAACUGGAAGAAAGCCAAAGAAAAAUAAAAGAUUUAGAAGAUCGUCUAGCGAGUGGCAUAGAAGAAAAUGAAAAUCUUUACAAGCGUUUAAGGGAAAUGGAAAGCUAUAGUCCAGCUAGUUUUAUAAAUAUGCAAAAAAGUAAAAUGAAACGUAUGGAUUCACUAAGCGAUCUGACACAAAUCAACGAUAUAGAUCCCUAUGGCCUAGAACGUGAUUCAUUGGCGGAGGAAUACAGUGAAUUAAAGGGACGCUUUGAAAAGGCAGUCAAUGAAAUAAGAGCCAUGAAGCGGGAAUUGAAAGAAUCCCAAAAUCAAUAUGAUUCCUUGGAAAUUUCAUACGCUUCUUUGAAACAAGAUCUGGAACGCAAAGAGAUAGAAGAUCAAUCGCAAUUGCAAAUGAUGGCGGCCCGUAUACAAGAUCUCACACUCAAAUAUAGUUCGUCAGAAAGGCAGGUUAGAACACUUAAGCAGAAAUUAGCCAAGUCCGAACGUAGAAGAUCCUUAUCACUUAAAGGCAAAGAACAGUUAACGGUAUCCAAAGAAUUGGAAGUGAAAUUGGGAGAAUUGGAAAGUAAAAUAGAUAAGUUGGAAAAAACUCAUCAAUUGGAUAUAAAACAACCAAUUAUGGAAAAUCCUCAAGCGUCUAGAUCGAGCAUUAAAAAAUCAUCUAGGAGACGUUCAUUAGAUGCAAAUCUAUCGACUAUAGGAAGCUCUGACUCUUUGCAAUUUUUGGUUAGAGUUAAUGACUUGGAAAAACGUUGUGAAGGUGUCAAUAGUUCUAGAAGUUCUUCUUGUACACCUACACCAAAUUCGGCUACACCAAAUUUAGAUUCACCUUCGAGAGCUUCGCCAGCCGGUAACGUAAGAUUAUCAGAACAUUUAAUCGAACGUUUAAGAUGCCUCGAAAGUGUAUUGGUUACAAGCAAGGAUCGUUUAGAACAAAGUCUAAGUCAAUUACAAAAUUUAAGAUCUUCACGCACUAGACGUUCAGUAUCACCGAUAACGGAACGCAAAGAUUCUUACCGUUUCGUAGAGCGUUGUCUCCAUGAGGUAGUUAAGUUAAUAAGGGAAUCAACUGAAACCUGUGUACUGCAAAGUACCCAUCAUGAACUACCACAACCCAGUGUCUAUAUGUUACCCGACUCUAGUCCUGUUAAGAAAGCUUUAACUCAGUUAGAAUCUCAGUUGAGAUGCAAAUUGGCAGAAUUGCUUAAGCAACGUCGUAUGCUGAGAGAACGUAAUGAAUUGACUAAACGUAAGGAUUUAGAACUGUUGGCAGAAAGGAUAGCAUUUGAAAGUGUAUGCUUUGGAAAACUUAGAGACUCUGUAGAGAGAGCAGAAAAUCCAGAACUAUUUUGUGAGCGUCAAACUAGGGCGGAAGUGGCUGAAACUUCACAUCUUAUGUCAAUGCUGAAGGCCAAAUUACAAGGAAAAUGCACCGUAAAAACUAGCGGCAGUCUAGAUAUAUUGGCAGGAGUCUUAGCACGACGUCUUUUAUUAUCCUCCUAUGAGAAGACACAUGGUACACAGGCCCAACAAGAUGUCAAACUAACUAUGGAACCAGUAGAUCAAAAUAUGUUAGAUGAUCUCUUACGUCAACAGAAUGAAAUCAAUGUCAUAGCCAAACGUUAUAAAAACAACGCUAUGGAAAAUUUAGCCACCAGCUUAGCGGCUGAAACUUUAAGCUACAUGUCAGCCAAUGAUUUAGUGCAAGGUGCUGUUCAGGAAGCUUGGCGUCAAGCUCAAGAAACCGUCAAUGCUGAACUAGUACAAUCUGAAAUUGCUCAUAUAAUGAUGCGUAAUGCCGAAAGACUCGAAUCCUCAAUUGCUCCCUCUUUUGGCUACACUCUUACAUCCGAGGAACGUUUAUCUUUUGAGAAAUUCGCCGAUGCUGUACACGACGCUCUAAGAAGAGAAAUGGAAUUGGCUGUUACACAACUAACACAGUGUUAUGAAGAAACUAUGCAGCAAAUGAAACGAGGACAAUGGCGUAUGCAUUUGCAGCAUGAGCAUAAAGCUUCGGAAGGAAGGCAAUUGUUAACAGAGUUUGCCGAUAUCAUAGCUCACAAAGCUUUGGUAGAUGCACGCAUAGAUGUUUUAAGAGGUGACUAUGCCAACCAUUCAACUUCCAAGAUUGAUGAAGAAAAAGAGGUCAAACGUUUGGGUAUUACCGCUUUACAGAAAUAUGAAAAUCUUUUCGAGGAACUUUCGAAUGAUUUACAAAUUAACAAUCCCGAUGAUAUACUCCUGGAAGCUGAUUUCGAAUUUAUGUAUAAACAACAUGCUGUUGAUUUUCUCAGCGAUCGCCAGGUGUUGUGUGACAUUUCGACCUUCCUUAGUCAACUGGAAGAUUCUCUAAUAGCUUUGCAAUGCGAAGCGACAGCAUCUACCAAUGAACAUAUACCACGUACCGAAAUAUCCAUUGAAAGUCUACAAGAUGUUUGUCACAAAUGCUGUGAAUUACGCAAACGAGCUGAUCAACUUCUACAAGAGGUUCACCGCAAAUUGAAUGCUUCUUGUCAGCAUUGUUUGCAGGUGCGCGAAAAGUUGCACAGUCUGCAGGAACAGCAUGAAAGUGAAAUUUUACGUUUACAACAGUCACAUGCCAAAGAUUUAACAGCUCUAAUGCAACAAGUCGAACACCAACGUACAGCCAUACGUUGCCUAGAGGCUGAAAAGAAUGCCAUUAACCAAGACUUGAAUAAAAGCGAAGAGCUAAUGGAGGAGCGUGAACGUGAACUGCAAGCAGCAACACAGAGGCUCAAUGCAAAGGAGCUAACACUGCAAGCCACCCAAGGUGAACAGCAUGAGUUAUUGAAACGCCUCGAGGCGGAAGAGGAAAAAGUGCGUUCGUAUCAGGAGGAAAGUGAUGCUUUAACAAUGAAAUGCGCACGCCAAGAUGAUGAGUACGUAAUGCUGUUGCAGGAACGUGAUUACAUACAAGCACAGCUAGCCAAAGAACAGGAGAGAAGUAGACGUUUUGAAAAACGUUUAGAGCUAUUGGAAAUGGAGCAUGGCAAACAAAUGGAAUGCCUGCAGCAGGCAUAUCGUGAUCAAAUGUUGUCACAUUGUUCCGAAUUACCAAAUGUCGUAGAUGAGGAGUCCUUCCGUCAACGUUAUCAAUCAGAAAUUGAACAAUUAAGGACACUCUGUGAAAAGGGUUUGUCAGCCAUGGAAUCGUCACAUAGACGCACUCUAAAUGAUUUAGAGGAAAAACAUAAGCAAGAAAUUGAACGUUUGCUAAUCGAAAAGGAAACAGCCUUGGCUGAAGAAACCCAGGCUACAUUAGCUGCUCUUGAUGCCAUGCGUAAAGCACACCAAAGUGAAGUACAACGUGAAGUUGCACGCUUUAAACAAGAAUUUCUUAAGCAAUUUCAACAAAGGGGCGAACGUACUUUAGAUUCAACCAAGGCGAAGGAGUAUGUAUUUUCUGUACUUUUUUUUUUUUCUCUCUUUAGUGUUUUGCUUAAUUUUACUUAUGAUUUUAAAAUAAGAAAAUCUGAAACUAAACGAGGGUGGUUUGAAAAAUGUGGCAGUUCUAGUUCAGUUCUAAGGAACAAACAGUUCCGCGCUCAUUUGGCAUCCGAAGAUCCCUCUCAAGAUAUACAAUUUGUAACGAGACCCAAAGAUAGCGAAGACGAUAAUGGUGAUGCUGUUUGUCAAGAUAGUGAGCAUGUGCAUGCUAAGAAAUCUAAUCAGAAUGAUAAUGAUGCGAAAAUAUAUAAACAAGAAGAACUAUUAAAACAACAAAGUCAUUGUAAUGAUUACGAAGAUCAAACAACAAAACAACAACCACAAGAGCAACAACAUCAGCAAGAGCAGCAGCAGCAAGAUCAAGAAUCAAAACAAAAACAAUACAAGUUGAUUAAACCUUUAGGUACCACUUCCACACAAAUAAAAACACGCUCAGUUAAUGAUCUAAAUUCUCACAAUGAUGAUGAUGAUAAUAAUAGUAGUGGUAAAAUUGCAAAAGCAAUUGCAACAACAACAUCUUUACUAGCAAAUUUAACUUUCCCUUCCUCCUUGCUUGAAACAAGUGUUAUUCCAACAGAAACUACUUUAAGCACUAAUACUAUUACUAGCAAUACGGGCAUUUCUAUUACGGAGAAUGUUAAUAAUAAGGAGUUAAAUACUAAUAACAACACAACUUGCAAAACUACCACCAACACCAUUACUACCAUAGCUAACAACACCAACAACAAUAAAAACAACAAAGAUGUUAUCAAUUUUGCCAAGAACAAAAGCAGCAGCAACAAUAUUGUUGUCGCUGCUACUGCUGCCAAUAAUAAUGAUAAUAACACCAAUGUAACUUUACUAAAUAGCACUAGUGAUAGCAGUAAUUGUAAAAAUAUUAGUAGUAGUAAUAGUUGUAGUCAUAGUUAUGGUAGUGGCGUUAGUAGUAGUAAUAGUAGUAGUCAACUUAGUACAAACAGAAGAUCAUGCGGAGGAGCCGGUGGUAUUGAUGAUAAUGAUUAUUUAACCAAUUGUCGUUAUUCCUAUGAGCCAUGUUAUAAACAAACCAAUUUGUUUAACUAUCAGAAUAGGAUGUUAAACUUUGAAGGUUUGAAAACGUCAACCAGAACUACAUUUGGUAAAAAUUUGAAAACCUUUAAAAAUCAAUAUAAAUUAAACAAUACUAAAAAUAGUUUAAUAACAACCACACCAACAACAAUAAAAAAUGAAACAACAUCAUCAUCAUCAUCAACAACAACAGCAAAAGCAACAACCAAAAUAAGCAAAAACGAACAACAAAAACCACAAGUUUUUAAAUCAAUUAAAACAAUUCAAAUACCAGAAAAUGAACAAACCACAAAAACUAAAACAACAACAUCCACAUUUCAAUUGAAUAGUGAAAAUUUACCACAAACAGAAACAGAUACAAAAACAACAACAACAAUAAAAUCUAUACUAAACCCAGUGGAUUUACCAAAGAAUUUUAGUGCUAAUAAUACAAUUAAUAUAAAUUUAAAUAGUUUUUAUAAUAUGGAAAAGCAACUAAUAAAUAAACAACAAAAACAACAACAACUAGAUAAUAUUAAUACAAAAUCUUAUACAUUUAAUAACAGCAAUAACAAAAACACAACUUUAACAACAAAUGAUAAGAAAAAUAUACAACCGAUUGCCGAAAGAUGCAGUGCAAUUAAUUUAAAUAGUUUUACAGACAUCAUACAAAAAGCCACCACCAGCAAUGCAAAAACAACAGCAGCAACAAUAACAACAUUAAAACAUGUUGGUGAUGAUGAUAUGAAAGACUAUGAUAACAACAGCGAGCAACAGCAAAAACCAAAUCAGCACCAGAACAACAAUGAUAGCAUCAUGUUUGUAGAGACAACAACAGCAACAACAACGCCAACUUGCAGCAGUUACAAUUUAUUAACUCAGCAACAACAACAACAGCAACCACAUCAGCAACAACUACAACAACACCAUAUUUUAUAUCAAGAUAUGGAUAACACGACAUUAAAAACGAAAAGAUCCCGCAUUAGCUCACCCCCUCCCUUAGAUGGAAGGGACGUUGAGCUGACAUUAAACACUACAACUCCAUUAACACCACCAUCAUCAUCAUGCACUUCAAGCACUAACAAUAACAACAACAUCAACAUCAACAUCAGCAACAGCAACAAUAUUAAUCCAACACUUAACAGCACGAAAUCUAUACGAAAUUCAUCAUCACAUUCAAAACGUUUUGAGUUGGAAAUAUAACAAACAACAUCAGCAACAGCAAUAGUAGCGAAAGCAGAAGCAAUAAAAGCGUUAGCUUUAUUGCAGCAACAUAUUUUUACGUAGUUAAUAGCAAUAGUUUUUUUUUUUUUUUGAAAAUAGCUAAAAACAAAGAUGUUUCUGAAAAGUUUCUAAGAAUUUUUGUUGUCACAAGCAAAUUUGUUGCACAAACUUAUGUUUUGAUUACAGCAAAAAUUUUAUGUUUAAAUGCAGGCAAUGUUUAUGAAUUUUAUUUGUAUUUUAAAAACUAUUGGGACAAACAAAUACCUUAAUUGGUGUAAUCGAAUUAUUUAAUUUUUCUUCGUUCGGGGAAAAGCUCUCGAUGCAGAAUUUAAAAUGUCCAUUAAACAUACAUUUGCUUACAUUAACUUGUUUUCGUUUAAGGUUGUAAAGAAAACUGUUCACUACUAAAGUUUUUUAACUUUCAAUUUAGAUUAAGAACAUAGCUUUUAGCAUACCCAGUGUUAAAAAAGCUAAUGUUUUUCUCUGCAUUGGUUAAGCUCAGACUUGUUUUCACUUAUUGAACGUUUUAUUAAACUCAAAGCCUAAACGUUGUUGCAAAAUAUAAAAAAGCUCAAUUAUGAAAGCUUUAUUUUUUAUAAAACACUGCUUUUGUAUAGCGCAGUCUAAAAAAUAUGCAAAAGCUUAUUGCCUCUUGUUAAAAGUUUAAAGUUAGGACAAAAGUUUAGAGUUUAGAUAUAGGAUAAUAGAAUACCGAUAUAAAAUCUAAAUCGUUCCUUGGCAAAACAAAGCUUUUUUCAUAGACCAGUCUAAAUCAAAUAUAAAAGCUUUUGUUUUGAUCAUUAUAUAUUACUUAAAAAUAUUACUUAAACUUACCUUUAACAGUGCUUUUGCUUAGAAUAGCUUUAGUUUUUUCUUAUAAUAGGUUAAACUCAGUUUAAAGCUAGUUUUCACUAAUUGAAAGUUUUGUUAAACUCGAAAUAAGAUACUCUUGCAGAGUAUAAAAUAUAUGAAAGCUUCUCAACAAAAAAAUCAGUGCUUUUACAAAUGCAAACCUUAAGACAAAUGCAAAGCUUGUUUUUUUAUAUAGACACAUAGAAAGCGGAUAUAAAAACUUUAGUUUAACUAAAGUUAAGUAAUGUAAAGUUUUGCAGAUAUAAAAGCUUUAGUUUUUUCUCAAAAUACAAUAAGCUCAGUCAUUGCAAGUUUAGUUGUUGUUAGUUGUUGUAUAGUUUAAUGGAAAACAAUUAUAAAAGCUUGAUUUUUUUUCUUAAAAAAAUAGUGCUUUCACAUAUAGCAACUUAAAACUAAUGAAAAAGCUUUUUUCCUCUUGAUAAAAGUUUAGCUUAAUACAUAAGGUGAUUGAAAACAGAUAUGAAAACUUAA